CUCCAUGCCCCACAGUGGGAUUGGAUGUUGGAAUCCGCGACGUAAGGAUUGACUCCUUACUCUGCUACUCAAGAGCAGACGCUCUAAUCACUGCGCCGCUCGGAUUCAGAGAUGACUCACAAGGCCUUCUUUGAAUGUUUCACAAGAACAGAUCUAGAUACCAAACCGAACAUUUCCUUGAAAAUUUUAGAAGUUUUGUGCAAAAGGAAAAAUUGUCGAUCUGAGUAAACAGUCAAGAUGAUUAGUAUUUUAAUACUUGCAGUUACACUCAUUUUUAUUUUAGGGUUCUUUUGUAAUUAUAUAAGAAAAACAUUCUUUGGAAGCCCAAAACUCAAAGUACUUUGUAUACCACUCUUUGUGGCUGGAAACUUUAAUUUUCAUAGUUUGACUCAUGCAUACUCGCCUUCUUGGAUAACAUUGCCGUUAUCUGAAGAACCAGAUUCCUUGAACUCGUAUUUCAGUGCUUCGCUUCAGAAUGGGGAAGUUAUAAAUGAGAUGCGCUAUGAAUGGCUGCGGUUGAGGUCCUAUUCCACAUUUCCUCUGACUUUAACACAGAGCCCUGUCCGACUCGCUCGUUCAGGGUUUUACUUUACGGGAAGAAACCACGAAUGUGUUUGCUUUUCAUGUGGAGUUCAUAAUUCUAAUUGGACAAGACAAAAUGUCACAGAGUUACACCGACAAUUAUCUCCAGAUUGUCGUCAUGUGCGGGGAAGUAACGAGUCUAACAUUCCAAUAGGAUCAAACGAAAGUUGUAGGCCUAAUAAUCUAAAUACCGAAUCAACAUCAAUUGUAACUGUUAAUAACCAUUCUGAACGUUCACUACAAAGACCUCAAGGAACACAAAUACAACAAUAUAACAGCUGUAAUGCAAAUGCACAAACAAAUGCCAUUCACCAAAUUCCAACUCCAUCAACAUCACAUCAUAAUCAACUAAAAGAAACGUUAGAGCCUCUAGGAAUAGUUAUUGAGAGACCGAGAUACCCAAGCUACGCUGUGAUGGCAACUCGAGUGAGCAGUUACCAGCAGUGGCCGUCACAUUUAACACAGACACCGAGGAACCUUAGUCUCGCAGGAUUCUUUUAUGUUGGAUAUGGAGACUACGUCCGUUGUUUCUUCUGCGGAGGUGGCUUGAGGAAUUGGGAACCUGGUGACGACGCCUGGGUAGAGCAUGCGCGAUGGUUUCCAAAAUGUCCUUUCUUGAUUCAAAAUAGAGGAAUGGAUUUUGUAAGACUGGUACAGAACGUACAAGAAGAUUUUGAAAAUAACCCUAUUCAAGGACAAAGUGAAAUCUCAUUAGAAUUUGAGCAACUUCCAGCAGCAUGUGAAAUUCAUCAAAUGGGCUAUACUUGGAAUACAAUUAAAGAGGCAUACAGGAAAAUCGGCAAGAAAAGAACAGAUAUUACAACUGUAGAGUUGAUAGAGGAAGUUCUGGCUUGUGAGUCAGCCGAACUAUCACUGAAUUCAUCCCCAGGUCAACCCGCAAUAUCUCCGACGUCUGCUUCCAUAGCAGGGAACAAUGGAAAUGAUUCCAGCACAACAAGCAACUUGUUGUCAACCUCUGAGCUCUCUGGAGAAUUAGAAGCCAUAAGUUUGAAUGAUGAAACCCAGUCUUUGAUGGAGGAAAACAGAAGGCUCAAAGAACAAAGACUUUGCAGGAUUUGUAUGGAAGAAGAUGUUUCAAUUGCUUUUCUGCCAUGUGGUCAUUUGUGUUGUUGUUCACACUGCGCGCCUGCGAUGCGCAAAUGUCCUAUCUGUAGAGCAUUCAUCAAAGGUACAGUUAAAACAUAUCCUGUUUAAAUAUACAGGUGUAUAAUGCAAAUCAGUGAAGAAAAGAAUCACAGAAGAGCUGUGUUUAAUUUAGUUCACUUUAUAUUCAUAUGGAGUUUUUGAUUAUAUAUAAAGACUGAUGAAGUUAUAGAUGACAUAACAAAGUGAUUUUGUUGUAUUUAAUAACAACGUAUAAGAUAUGUAAAAUGUUAUAUUUCAUGUCCACAUGUAUAUUCAAAUUUAAAUAAAGUCAGUAAUUUUUGUUACACGAAAAUCUUAUUUAGCAUUUUGAAAUGAGCAAGCUACAAAGAACUGUAGUCAAAUGAAAGUUAAAAUUUUAUGUUUUAUUAUUAUUUUUCAGCAA